AUGAACACGUCGUUGAAAUCCAGGAGUCAAAUCACUCUGUGCAACGAAGAUGUUGAUUCGCCGCUUGGAGCCGAGUGGCUUCCGACUACAGAGCAGACACUGUUGCUUGAACGUUCACCUCCACACGGCGUUCAUCACCCCACAGAGAAUCUUUCACCUUUGACAUUCGUCGACUCAACUACGCAAUCGGGUUCUCAUAUGCAUCCGAUAAUGCUACGACCUCGUCCAGACGCAUCAUUGCGCUCUUCAUCCGCAAGUGUAGCAACGACAAGAACUUCAUCAACGGCACCGCUGUCGAUUGACGACCACAGAGACUUCCGUUACCGGUGGCAGAUCGAGAAGGGUUGUCAUGUCCAUGUGGAAAUGAUUGUGUCGGCACACCGAAACACUAGCGAGCUACAGCUCCUUGUAAAAUGGCUCGGAUCUCCGGAUUAG